CUUUUUUAAAAUCGGCCCUAAGAUGUGGAACACGCGAGAAUCGCCGCUGAUUUAAACAUCCUCUUUCUCCAACAGGGAGUGCUUAGGCCAGGUGUAAGCUACAGGGAUAGAGCACGACUACGCUGUACAUACAAUCAUGAAUUGUCCCUCCCGAACUGAUGACACCCUCGAGAAUCCGGGUUGGAACCAGAACCCGUCGCCACUCAAUGCAGAUAUAACAACCCGAAACGACUUCAACGGCAUUGCCAAUGCCCGCGAGCACAGGAAACGUACGUCGAGUCCAGGAGGGGUGACUACUGAUGAUACUGUGUCUCGACUGUCACCGCAACCUCUGGAUAAUGGAGACACCCCGUCCGAAAAGGGGCCCUCGGGCGAGGUAGUCCCCACUGUCUCCACGGGUGAACUGCCCGAGAGCAACAGGGGAUCAUUACCUCGCCGUCUUUUAAAACGUUUGAAUUUGGAUAACACUUUUUUCCAGCAUGUCGCCCAGAAGAUUUCCAAAUAUGCCCGUUUCGUCGGGCCGGGCUUCCUGGUUGCCGUCGCCUAUAUCGACCCUGGAAACUAUUCCACCGACGUCGCUGCUGGUGCGAGUUACCAGUAUCGGCUGCUCUUCAUUGUCCUUGUGUCCAACCUCUUCGCUAUCUUCCUGCAGUCCUUGUGCAUCAAGCUGGGCAGCGUGACCGGCUUGAACUUGGCAGAGAACUGCAGGGAACAUCUUCCCCGAUGGAUCGUUAUCAUUCUCUACAUUUUCGCAGAAGCUGCUAUUGUCGCUACUGAUAUUGCAGAGGUCAUCGGAUCUGCAAUCGCGCUCAACCUCCUGGGGAACAUCCCCUUGGUUGCUGGCUGUGCGAUCACCCUUGCCGACGUCCUCUUCCUUCUCAUAUUCUACAGGCCUAGUGGAUCCAUGUGGGGUUUGCGAGCCUUUGAGUAUUUUGUCAUGGGACUAGUCCUGGCAGUCGUGAUUUGCUUUUGUGUUCAGCUCUCCCUCAUCAGGGGCCAGUCGGUUGGCCAUGUUUUCAAAGGAUAUCUACCUUCCUCGGCCGUGGUCAAGUCUAACGGCCUGUAUCAAAGCUGUGGGAUUCUCGGUGCUACUGUGAUGCCUCAUUCUAUUUUCCUGGGAAGCGGCGUCGUUCAAGCACGGCUAAAGGAGUUUGAUGUGAAAAGUGGCUACGUCGACGCUUCUGUCCCCUUGGGAAGCAAUGGCGGAGAGGUAGAAUACCGGCCAACACUCGGUGCGAUUCGCAGUUGUCUUAAGUACUCUAUCAUAGAGCUUACGCUUUCGCUUUUCACAUUUGCGCUUUUCGUCAACAGUGCCAUCCUGAUCGUCGCUGGGGCCGCCCUGUACGGAAAACCAGGCAGUGACGAUGCCGACCUUUGGGGGAUCCACGAUCUUCUCUCCAAGUCUAUUUCCCCGGCUGCAGGAACGAUCUUCGCAUUGGCUUUGCUUCUGUCCGGCUUGUCUGCUGGAAUCGUCUGCACUAUGGCAGGGCAAAUGGUCAGUGAAGGUAUGCUGAGAUGGAGCAUUAAGCCAUGGCUCCGGAGACUUAUCACUCGCUCCAUCAGCAUAAUUCCAAGUAUCAUCAUUGCGGCAGCUGUCGGCAAAGAGGGAUUGGAUCAAACUCUCAAUGCAUCCCAGGUUGUUUUGAGCGUCAUAUUGCCGUUUGUGACUGCUCCUUUGGUUUAUUUCACUUGCCGCAACAAGUACAUGACUGUUCGGACAGGUGAGGCUGGUGAAGUGAUCGAGGCCCCAAACGAUGCCCAGACAGAAGGAGUCAAAAUGCGGAACAACUUCUUCGUCUCCGCCCUUGCCAUUCUGAUCUGGAUCAUCAUUGCUGUGAUGAAUGUAGCUCUAAUCGUCCUUGUUGGGCUUGGAAAAGCCUGAACAGUGGCAGGAUGCAGUGCAAGCUACUGGAAGCCAGAUCUAGGACAGCGAAGGACGUACUCAACCGCUCUUCGUUUGCUGGAACAUCUUGGUAUCUAUGGAACUAUGCUUGCAAUUCCGGUUAGAUGAUUUUGGUGAGAAAAUCGGAUGACCGCGUGGAAGAAGAUGAAAGGAUUGCCAGACUGGGCAAGAAAAAAAUUACUGCUAGAAAGAAAUAAAUAGACAUGGAAGUUAGAAAAGAAGAAUAGUCCCAAACUCCAAUAACAGCCGAUUGCAUAGAACCACCAUAACGCCCUUGCAUAUGUUUAACUAGCAGCCUCCUUAACUUUGCCCUCCUCAGGAGACUUAUCAAUAAACUGAGGAAGCGCCACUUCAUCCUGCAUGAAACUUGGCAUAGCGCUCUCAGCCAUCGAGUCCUCAUACAUGGUUUCUUCACCGAGCGCUUCCAGCUCGGCGUCUAGUUCCGCCUCAUCCACCUCUUCAGGCACAUCGUAAGCCCGGGAUAUACUCUCCUGAAUUUCAUUUCCGACAUCCAUCAGGUCGGCCAUUUCGUCCUGCAUCCGCUCGAUUUUAUCAAUAUCGAUCUUGCCGUACUGUUUCUUGAGAGCCUUUGUUGUCGUCUUCAUCGCAUCGACGGUCGUCGCAACAUUCUUCAGAUUAUCCUGCAUCAUAGCUGCCUGCUCCAUAUUCCACGACUGCUGCGACAGCUGAUCCCGCUGCGCCUCGUAUUGCUUUCGACGUUGUAGUACCUUGAGUGCUUUCUGGCGGAGGGCGUUCUUGCCCGGUCCAUCACGCAUCUUGGAGAUUUUGGUCUGGUACGUUGAAAGUUCGGAGUUAAGAGCUGACAGCUUCACGUCGAUGCUGGAUAUGCGGUUAUCUACCUAUUACAAGUCAGCGGGCUUUGCUGGAUGUUUGGUGCUGUCCGUGAUGCGGGGGAGGGGGAGGCAUAUAUUUGGCCGUAGCAAGAGCGUAAUAAACUCACAUUUGAAAUUGCACUGUCCAGCGUCGGCUUAGGAGCCGUAUUCUUUGCUCCGAACAGCCGAUUCAUUGUGGAUGGAGAUGGUGAUUCGCGAGGUGAUCAAUGAGAAUGGGAUUCGUGAGAUGCUGCGCAGGUAGCAAUCUGCUGACUUAGUGGUCUUGGGCACGGGCUAGGGUCGUGUGAGGGAGGAAAACAGCCUGUCUCUGUAAUAUACGGCGUUUUUCAAUAUCGUGACAGAAGGCCAACGCUCUUGCAGGCUUCAGCGUUGGCAGGACGUCGUUCCUGGCGGUCUCCUGCUCGUCGUUCGCAGCCAGAAGGCGACGUCAAGCACAGUACAAAAAGCACGUGAUCUGAACGAUGGGGCUCUGUAUGGAGACAUACUUGCUCAAGACGGACGCAGGAAGUCGGUAUACGCGUUGUGGCUUGGAUGAAAAUAUUCUAGGUAUAUUUUGCUGCUAUUUCAAGACAAGAACCCCUGCGUGCCCGCAUGAGAACCACCCAUGAUGCCAGCAGUAAAUAGUAAUAUUGAU